CUACCGUCCAUCCUUAAGCAAAGGCUAAUGAUAGCAGUGCCUCCUGAGACGAGGCCGCCAGCGGCUCGCCUCGCUAGAUUCGGUGAACUAUCACUUCUUGAAACAGCUGAGUCAAAUCCCCAGACUCGGUUGUUUCCUUUCAAUUCCAUCAAGGCAGAGAGCCUCAGCUCCUCGGUCUAUCCUGGUUUCUUCAGCUCGUGACAUGAACAUGAUCCAUACUAACAUGUCAAGGAUGACGCUGGAUGUCACUUCACGGCGGACAUAUACAUGCCAAAGGCAAGCUGGGACAUCCGAUGUCACCAUAUUAUAAUUCGUCUUUAUACUCUCUGUUGUGGCCCUUUGUUUGUCAUUCGUCUUGGUGGGUUGGACUGCAAGGCUGAUCACAUCCAAUCAAGAGGUUACGGCAUAGCCUCUUCCUCCGGCCUAACGUGUCUCGUUUUUUAUAAGCCGCUGGACAUUACUGUGAGUAUCUCCUCCAGCAGGUCACUGUGUGCAUUCAUACAGAUGGCUGAUACUUUUUGCAUACCGAUAACUGCCCUCGUCGUGAUGGUCUCGGGUUAAUCGAGCUAAGUAUGCGAGUGGCUUUUAUAUUGGCGGUCCCUCCAAUCUGCUAGAGACAUCCAAUAACCCGCGAACUAAGACAUGCAUAAGUCUAUCCUUUGUUCUCCAUCUAGGCUAGAAUGGUUGGUCGAUUGAGCCUCCAAGCCAUGCAUUUCGAGUAUCUCUGUCACAUUUGUAAACAGGGCUUUGCGUAUUUGAAGGAGUGAUCGAAAGCAAAACAAGCCACGAGGCAACUCUGGAAUGUGACUUGGAUCUUGGUUUCAUAUAUUAUCAACCUUAUGGGAAUAGUAAUGACUCUGAUUCUGCUAUUCAUAGGUCUGUCUCUUGUCUGACCAAUCAUAUCGCGCAGCAGGUUGCUUGGCUCAUGAGUUGAUGACAAUACCAAUGUCAGUCUGUCUUUCCAGUGAAGUUUCUUUC